CCUGGUAUUGAGCAUCGCGCAAUGAUGUCAGGACAGCAUCACUGGUACGCAUGUUCGCAUGCACGACCAACGUACUGUAACGUGUGCAGGGAAGCUUUGUCUGGUGUCACGUCCCAUGGACUCUCUUGUGAAGUCUGUAAGUUUAAGGCCCACAAAAGGUGCGCCGUGCGUGCGAACAGUACGUGUAAGUGGACCACGCUGGCUGCGGUGGGAAAAGAUAUCAUCGAGGAUGAGGAUGGGGCCAUCUCGAUGCCCCACCAGUGGUUGGAAGGGAACCUCCCAGUGAGUGCCAAAUGUGUAGUUUGUGAUAAAACAUGUGGCAGUGUCCUCAGGUUACAAGACUGGAGAUGUCUCUGGUGUAAAGCUAUGGUCCAUACCUCUUGUCGGGAGACGUACCCCAAGCGAUGCCCCCUAGGGCAGUGUCGUGUGUCUAUUUUGCCACCAAUAGCCAUUAACAACAUAGACUCGGAUGGCUACUGGGAGGCCAUGAGACCCCCAGGGACCAGCCCCCUACUUGUGUUCAUUAACUCUAAAAGUGGGGACAACCAGGGGGUGAAGUUCUUGCGACGGUUCAAGCAGUUGCUGAAUCCUGCUCAGGUGUUUGAUCUCAUGAAUGGAGGGCCAAAAGUGGGUCUUCGCCUAUUCCAAAAUUUUGACCCAUUCCGCAUCCUGGUAUGUGGUGGUGACGGCAGCAUGGGCUGGGUGCUGUCGGAAAUAGACAAGAUGGAGCUUCACAAACAGUGUCAGGUUGGAGUGCUCCCCCUGGGUACAGGCAAUGACUUGGCCCGUGUGUUGGGAUGGGGCGGUGCCCUGGAUGACGACACGCAACUCCCUGCCGUGCUGGAGAAACUCGAACACUCUCAGAUUAAAAUGCUGGAUCGCUGGUCAAUCAUGACUUAUGAGGCCUCCAUGCCGCCGCCAAGGUCGUUACUGAUGCAGGCAGACCCUAUCUCGGUGUACGAAGACUCCGUGGCCAAUCAUUUAUCUAAAAUACUGCAUUCCGAUGACCACGGGGUUGUCAUUCACUCUGCCAAAGUCCUGUGUCAGACAGUGAAGGACUUUGUAGCCACAGUGGGCAAGGCAUACGAUGACCAUGAAGAAGGUGAAGAUUCUAUCUCUAACAAGUGUACAAUAUUGAAUGAAAAACUGAAUUCCUUGCUACAAACUUUAAGUGAGGAAGCCGCGGCCAGUGAGUCACAGUCCAAGCACAAAAAAUCUCAACAGUCCUCUCAUGUGACCUCCCAUGUGACCUCCCAUGUGACCUCUGACCCAAGCUGUGAUACAGAGGACCCGGAACAUUUGGAGCAAGACAUUGUUCCAGAGGGGAUCACAAAACCAAAGAAUAUCAAAUCAGCUAUUUUCAAGCCUCGUGACGCACUGAUGUCCAGAGCAAACAGCUUGAAGAAGGCCAUUAGACAAAUCAUUGAACACACAGAGAGAGCUGUUGAUGAGCAGAAUGAACAAACAAAAGUCAUGGAGGAGAAGCUGGCCCACCUGACAAUCACGCCCCCAUCGCCUAUGCACAUCUCUGACCUGGCACAUUUAGCAGCAGACAAUCGUGGUCGCACCUCGUCGACGGGGUCACGCACAUCCCAGUCCCAGUCUAUGAUGAACCUCUCAGUUCCGCCUAAAUAUUCCCCAGCCGUCUCACCAAAACUGAGUAGGUCACCUGGUGCAGCAAAGAAAAGAAUUGAGUCUUCUAAAUCCCCCUCCAUGGCCUCGAGGCGAAUUAGCUCUAUGAGCACCUUUAACCGGUCUGCUAGUCUGGGCUCAAACCUGUGCACGCGCGACCGCAGCCCAGAGAGUUCUCCACUACCCUUACCCACUCUGGGUGCACCUGUCUUUCCUAUGCUCCCAAGUCUCAGUAGUGGUAUCGCCAGCAGUCUGGCUGGCGGCUCCUUCAUCAGUAAAGUGUUGCUGGCCAAUGCUGACGCCCUGUGUGCUGCUGCCUCUCCACUAAUGGAGGAAGAGAUCUCACUGGAGGAAUAUACUGAAAAGUGUGUGAUGAAUAAUUACUUUGGUAUUGGACUGGAUGCUAAGAUUACUCUGGAGUUUCAUAUCAAACGAGAAGAACACCCAGAGAAGUGCAGAAGUCGCACCAAGAACAUCAUGUGGUAUGGAGUUCUAGGGGGUAAGGAAAUAUUGUCAAAGACCUUCAAGAAUCUGGAGCAGCGUGUCCAGCUCGAGUGUGACGGACAGCGUAUACCUCUACCUAGUCUGCAGGGAAUAGUGGUGCUCAACAUUCCAAGUUAUAUGGGCGGUGCAAACUUUUGGGGUGGAACCAAAGAAGAUGAUAACUUCAGUGCCCCAUCAUUUGAUGACAAAAUCUUGGAAGUAGUCGCAGUAUUUGGCUCUAUGCAAAUGGCGGUCUCCAAAGUGAUUAACUUGCAGCAUCACAGAAUAGCACAGUGCCGGACAGUGAAAGUGACCAUCAUGGGGGACGAGGGGGUCCCAGUCCAGGUGGACGGCGAGGCGUGGGUUCAGCCCCCUGGGUACAUCAAGUUCACUCACAAGAACAGAGCUCAGAUGCUCACAUGGAGUAGGUCCUUUGAGAGCACGCUGAAAUCAUGGUCUGAGAAACAGAAAAGAGAAGAGAUUAUUCAGGAAAGCCAUUUCUCUCCUUACCUGACUGAGGAAGAAACCAACAUACUGCAGACCUUUGUGGAGGCAACAGCAAAUGUCAUCAGAAGUGUAAAGAUAGCCUCUAUAUGUCACAGUUCUGUAGAACAAGAGCUCUACCACCUGGCCACCCAGGCAUCCGGUUUCCUUGACAGACUCUAUCCUGCAGGAAAACUGGCAGAGCCGGAUCGUGGGAUCAGUGAGGCUUUUCAGCCCACAAUCAGAAGUCAGGUGUCAGAUCUCGUCAGCAGUGUGCGACUACUGUGCCAAGAAACCAGCCUCUUUUUACAAGAGAAGGCAACUGAAUGUCGUCUGCGGUCUGACAAUGCGGAAAGUUUGUCCAGCUCCGUGGCAGCAGUUGAAGUAGAGCUCAAGAGAGUGGUCGAAAUUGGAGGUCUGGCUCACUUCCAGGCUUUAGAAGAAGAGUUGCAGGUGCCACCAGAACAACACAAGACAAAGACCAAGACGGGAAUGUUUCGACUCUUUAAGAAAGGAGGGAAGUCAAAAGAGAAACCAAAUCUUUCAAUAGCACCUGUGUUAAAUGUCCAUGAGUGGGGUCCUGAGGAGGUGGCACAAUGGUUGAGCAGUGUGGGCCUCGGGGAGUACAAGGACAGCUUCAUCAGCCAUGACAUCCGCGGGAGAGAGCUCCUGACUCUGGAGCGAAGAGAUCUCAAGGAGCUAGGAGUGACCAAAGUGGGGCACCUGAAGAGGAUCCAGCAGGGGAUAAAGGACAUCAGUAACAGAAUGUCCUCGCUGGACAAACACGCCACUGUGUUAUGACAACUACUCAAGCCUCCGCUGCCACCCUGGUGGCUUACCCUGGGGGCACUGAAAGAGGAACAUUUUGAGCAAGAAGCGGAUGUGUAUUAUUAAUCCCACGAUUCCCACUGUUAA